UGCGUCGGCGUGUUGCGCCGUAGCUUUUGCCGCGGCGCCCGGCAGUCCGUAGGCGAAGUCCUAACGAGUAGCCGGCGAGCGAGCCGUAUCGCGGAAAAACUUGUUCGCAAUUAGAUCGUGCCGAGAUUUCCGUGUCCGUUCUUCGUGUAAUCGGUUCCACGAUCCGCGUCGCUUUCCUUUAAUCCGUGUUCUCGUCUACAUUAUUCGUCGUACCUUUUUUUUUUUUUUCAAAAAUCGGUCGAUCCUCGAUCCAAGUUUCGAAACUUGAGAUUAAAAAGAAAGAUUGUAUGCAGUGAGUAUCUGUAAUCGUAGAUGUGUCGUGAGCAGUGUUUCCAGGCAGAGGCACGAGAUAGGGGGGGAAGGAAGUCUCGAUCUCGGGUGACAUGUGACGAGUUGUCGAUCGUGCACGAGCGAUAAAACGCCUCGUGAACAAAUCUUCCGCGUUCGAUUUAUCCGCUGGAUCCUCGACCGACCCAUGAAAACUCGAUGGGAUGUAUCAGUGAGGAACGAAAAUCAGAAGGAGAAGACAGAGGCGCCACGUCUCAACUUUGGAAACAGAAAUGAGUUGAGAAUCGACUACGAUGUUGAGUCGUCUUUCGGCCGUGGUGGCCUCCAUUUUGGUUCACCAGCUACACGUUUUGUGUGCCGCCACCUCAUUAGGUGCUAAGCCGUUUCCUGGACUGGAAAACCUGCCUAGGUCGUUCUGGCAUGAGCUCAGUUCACCUUUUACCGAGGUAUACGAGGUGGAAAGUUUCGCAACAGAAACGGGCGGCACUCCAGAACCGAGGCCCUUUUUCGAAGAUCCAGAGAGCAACAUUACCGUGCAACUCGGUGCUCAAGUAUACAUGCACUGUAGAGUACAAAACUUGCAGGAUACACUCAAGGUGUCCUGGGUGCGCAGACGUGGCGACGAGCUCCACUUGCUCACGAUCGGCCUCGACACGUACGCGAGCGACUCGAGGUUCUCGCUCGCCUUGGAGAAGCCGAAUGAUUGGCGGCUGCUUUUAAGUUCGGCGACCGAACGAGACGGCGGUGUGUACGAGUGUCAAGUCAGUGCUCAUCCCCCAUUAAUCAGAACUGUCCAUCUGACGGUGUCAGUGCCGAAGGUAGAGAUUGUGGACGAGCACGGGGCAACGGCUGGUGACAAAUUUUACAAAGCUGGGAGCACGAUAGAAUUGAAGUGUGUGGUCAGCAAUAUACCGCAACCUACCGGAUACGUUACGUGGCGCCAUGGAUCCCGAACGUUGAAUUACGAUACUACUCGUGGAGGAAUCAGCGUGAAGACGGACAUGGGCGCCAGUGGCGCGAUAUCCAGGCUCUACAUUGCAAACGCAAAUAAAAAAGACAGCGGGAAUUACAGUUGCGCAUUGGCGGAUGUGGCGGCCGCCACCACGGUUUCCGUCCACGUAUUAAAUGGUGAGAAUCCAGCAGCCAUGCAACACGGUGGUUCAACAGAAGUGAGAGCGAUAUCCCUCGUCCUCGUCGUCAUUUCGUUGCUGUUCUCGUCACUUUCGAGGUGACCGUGAUGUCUCGAUCAUUCUGCGGGCCUGCAAUUCGAAUGGUGCUAACUCCUUUCUUCCCCGUGGCGAAUUAAACGCGAGGGGAUGUCGAGGGAAUCGAAACGAUCCUCUCUCCUCGGGACGUCUCUUCGUAUUUCUCGCGCGGCGUGUUUCCCAAUGGGACGUGGUGUGCGUGUUCACGCGGUUGUACACCGCGCGGGACUGUGAAUUGUAUCAAGGGACGAGGACAAUUUUUACCGCGUUACGGGAGAAGAAGGCGGUGAACGAAUCAAUAACGAAAAUUUCUCGAUCGUAUACGUAUAUAAAAUAAACCACGAAGAAGCGAAGAGAGACUUUUGUGAGACUGGAAUCGUUGUUUUUUUUACGAAAGAUCUCUACUCCAUCACUCUUGUUUCGUUCCCUCCCUUCUUUUUUUUAAACUACGUCAAAUGGAAACGUGAAAAUUCCCCCAGAAAGACAACGAAGUUUUCGCCCCUUUGUCGAGAAUUCAUUCCUGUUUACCAACGCUCAAGGUUUUUGCCAAUUUCGUGCGCAACAUUCCACGCGAAUAUUUUCGAACGAUCCACUUUGAGCGAUCCACGAGAGAGAAAACCGAUUUUUCCUCGGUCGAUUCGUAAAAGUCUGACCCCUCCCCCCGUAUUAUGCGCUUGUUCGAUAAAAUUUCGAACGAAUAUUGCAAAAAAAGAAAAGAAAAAAAAAAAAGAUCGUAUACGAAUUACCACGAUAAGGAUUUCGUUCGAACGGAUUGACAUAUCAAUUAUUUUCCAAGAACGAGAAUACCUUACGAUUAGUGGAAACCAAUCCGAUCGUUACGAGUAUAAUAUAUAUAUAUAUAUCUUAUAUAUCAUUGGAGGAGGUAGAGGGAUGGGGAAAAAAAAAAAUAUUUUCGUCGCAUUUGUUGCAGCUGGAAACGCGUGGAAUUGAACAGAGUCUGUUCCUUUGAAACUAGAAGAGAGUUUUGAGAAUAAAUACCGACCAUUGUUUACCCGAAUCGAGCACGCUUGGAACAAAAACUGUGCCAAAAAAGUGGAAGCUGCGAAAGUCACCGAGAGUUGUCGAGAUACUUUUUAUUGCCUUUAUUCCGGUUUCGUUCGAUGUAGUUUUGCUCUCUCGUCUUUUUUAACGAGGGAAUCAAAGGAAAUUUAUUUACAGAAUUUGAAUAACAAGCGAGGCAUGUUGAAUACGCGUGUAGGUACCAAGAAUAUUUCAAAGCGAUUUUACGAAGAGAGGGAUGAAAAAUGUAUUUUCGCGUAUUUUAUCUUUUUUAUAUUUGAAUAUAGAUAUGCUAGAUUUCACUCGAUUAAUUUGCGCGUGAUCCGAAAAGUUUUGAUGAAUAUACAUGGGGGGCCUUUGCGGUUAUCGUGCGCAAGUUUCACUUGGGGGGGGGAGAAACAAAGAGAUAUUUUCUUGAAUCGAGUUUGAAACUUUGUCGUAUUUUCUUUCAGCUUGAUAAGAUUCGUACGUCGAGGAAAAUUUUCGUCAACUUAAAUUAAGGAAAGCUGUUUGAGAAUAAAUUCGAGGUCGAAUAAGUCGCUUGAACGUAUCUUGUCGCGAUCUUUGUUGUUUCGAAUGAAAGAAAUCUUUCAAGCCAUAGAUUUCUAUGAAAAUUUGAUCCAGGAUUUCAAUGCAGGACAACUUUGAGUCGCAUUUAUCUAUUUUAUUUUUCACGUUGUGUAAAAUAAACAUUGGAAACGUUCCAGCGAACGAAUUGAAGUUACGAAAAUUUUCAAUUUCAAUUUUAAACCUCAUUCUUGAUUAAUUACAAAAAGUAAUGUUUUAUAAAUUCAAUUAUAUUAAAUUAUCCGAUAUUAUCACUGGGUUAAAAAUCAUCAAUAAUUUAUUAAAUCCAAAUUCCUCUUCUCGCUAUGAAUCCUCUUAAACCGGGAAAAAAUGUUCACUUCUACGUUCGACGUAGGCUGAAUCAAACUCUCUUUCUCUCUCUUUCUCUCUCUCUCUCUCUCGAAAAAAAAAAA